UGUGGGGUUUACCAGCGCAACGUUGCUUCGGUAAUUCCCCACGUCAACUUUACUUCAAAGCAAUCUUUCUCUCCGUCUCUCUCACUCUCUCAAUUUCCCAUGGUGGACUGUACAAAACCAAACCCAAUCCACUUCUUAAACCCCCCACCUCACGUGCACCCACGGCGAGUGUACUACACGGAAGCUCCCAAUCCCUCCCAUCAACCUCGUAGAAGGCCUCACACAGAACUCUGAUUCUCGAAUUCCCCUUCAACGCAGAAGGUCAUGGGUUCUACAUCCUCCUGGCCUGGCUGGCCACCUCUUUCUAAAAUAUUAUUUCUUUUGAAUUUGGGUUAUCAUUUAGCCCACGCCUCAGAGAAGUACAUAUCAGCCAUAGGAGACCCCGGAAUGAAGAACCCAAAUGUGAGAGUUGGAUUGGAAGCGUGGAACUUUUGCAACGAAGUUGGAGCGGAAGCUCCCAAAAUGGGCAGCCCCAGGCUGGCUGAUUGUGCUGACUUGUACUGCCCUUUGAUCGUUGAUUCCUUGGGCUGCACUGCAAAGUGUGAAGUACAUCACAAAGUGAAUGAGUCAGAUAACAGCUUGGGGGCUGGUAAUGAGUUUCCUGUAACGGGAUUCAAGUCAUACACAGACCCUGAUCUGUUUGCUGUGGAAAAGGAACUGUAUCUUGGUUCUCUGUGUGAGGUGCAGGAUUCCUCAAAUCCAUGGCACUUCUGGAUGAUUAUGCUCAAGAAUGGUAACUUUGACAAGAACACUACUCUUUGUCCUGAGAAUGGCAACAAUGUCAGUAAAAUCAUAACAAGCAGGAAUUUUCCGUGUUUCGGUGAAGGAUGUAUGAAUCAGCCACUUGUAUACCAUAAUUACUCUACAUUAGUUUCUUCUGAGGAUCAAACAGUGUCUUUAGCAGGAGGGUUUUAUGGAACAUAUGACCUUGAUGCUGAUUUGAGCAAAGGUACAGGGAAGAACUCCUACUUCUCUGUCUCAUGGAAGAAGAAUUUGAGCACAGGAAGUUGGAUUUUCUCGCAACGAUUAACAACAUCUUUAAAGUAUCCUUGGCUCAUGUUGUAUCUACGUGCAGAUGCAACAGAAGGAUUUAAUGGUGGUUAUCACUAUAGUAGUCGUGGAAUCAUAAAAAAGCUUCCGGAAUCUCCCAACUUUAAGGUCAAGUUGACACUUGAUGUUAAACAAGGAGGAGGAGCGAACAGUCAAUUUUAUCUCCUUGACAUAGGAAGCUGCUGGAAGAACAAUGGAGACCCCUGUGAUGGUAAUGUUCUGACAGAUGUGACAAGAUACAGCGAAAUGAUAAUAAAUCCAGCAACUACAAGCUGGUGCCGCCCAGAUAAUCUGGUCUCCUGCCCGCCUUAUCAUGUUAGUCCUACUGGCGAGAAAAUAUAUAGAAAUGAGACAUCUCGGUUUCCCUAUUCUGCAUAUCAUCUCUACUGCAGCCCAGGAAAUGCCAAAUAUCGGGAGGAACCGUAUGAUAUCUGUGACCCAUAUAGCAAUCCACAGGCACAGGAACUGGUGCAAAUUCUUCCACAUCCUGAAUGGGCUGUACAUGGCUAUCCCAAAAAGAAAGGAGAUGGGUGGAUUGGAGACCCUAGGACUUGGGUGCUUGAUGUGGGGGCUCUCUCUAGUCGGUUAUAUUUCUACCAGGAUCCAGGGACAAAACCAGCACGGCGUGUAUGGUCUUCACUUAAUGUUGGCACAGAAAUAUAUGUUAGCCCUGCAGGGGUGACUGCAGAAUGGACUGUUAGUGAUUUUGAUGUAUUGGUUCCUGAACAUGUUACUACCAGUUGUGAUGGUUUUUAUUGAUCUGCAAUAUUCAAUUAUAAAGAACAGAACUUACUUUAUGAUGUCAUUUUUCUAUCAUACUUUUAAAAACUUCUCUGUUACUCAUCUGGGUUAAAACUGAGGUAAAUGUAUAAAACGCAUACUAUUGUAGAUUUA